AUGAUGAAAAUUAGUAAUGAGGAUCCGGUAGAUGGCAACAUUAAACUGAGCUUUCGACGAGGCUAUUACUCGGGAGAUCUUCCGACAACCAUAAAUUCUGCUACCACGUCGACAGAUGCAGAAGAUUCAGAUCAGACGGAGGAGAAAAAAAAUGAAGAAAAUAUUCCACCGAAGAAUUUGAUAUUUGUAAUUGCAUGCAUGGUUGCAAUCUCAAUAGAUCCCUUGUUUUUGUACAUUCCUAUCAUCGAUGGCGAAAGUAAGUGCCUUGGAGUGGACAAAAAGUUGAGGAUCAUAACUCUUCUUUUCCGAUCACUCAUAGAUAUCAUUUACAUAGUGCAUAUUACAUAUCAAAUUCGUCAAGCUAUUAAGUCCGCAUUACCUGAAGACCAGUCUCAUCCCAACGAACAAACACUUACUUCAAGUACUUGGAAGUCGAAGUUUUUCGAUUUAUUUGAACGUCGUGAUAAAACAUUUGAGUUCUCAUGGACCUCGAUCAUAAUUGACGUUCUAGCUGUUCUUCCAAUCCCACAAGUGUUACUAGGAGCUGUUUAUUUCAAAAUGGGAGGCUCUAGAUAUUUGGAUAACAUAAAGAUUGUGAAUUUCUUUCUUCUCGUCCAAUAUCUGCCAAGGUUCUAUGAAAUUUACCUAGCUGCUACGAAAUUUAGGAAAAACACUCCGGUGUGGAUUAAAGGUGCUUUCAACUUUUUUCUGUACAUCAUUGCUAGUCAUGUACUUGGAGCCUUUAGGUACUUCUUCUCUAUUGAACGGGAAACAGCGUGUUGGCACCAGGCAUGCAGAAACACUGCAGGAUGUAAAGCCAGUUUCUAUUGCGAUGACAAUAUUUCAAUGAAUGUCACAACAUUGCUUACUGAAUUCUGUCCCACAAAUCCACUAAAUUCUACAGUAUUUGACUUUGGAAUAUUUUCUAAAGGAAUUGAGUCUGGAAAUACCGGACGAAUAAGUUUUUUGACAAAGCUCUUUUACUCUUGGUCCUGGGGUAUCCUAAAUCUAAGUAAUUUUGGCACCAGUCUGACAACAAGUUCCUACGUGUGGGAGAACCUCUUUGCAAUUCUUAUUUCCGCUAUUGGGUUGCUAUUAUUUUCUUAUCUUAUUGGAAACGUGCAGAAUUGUCUGCUGUGGGAGGAGGAAAAGAAAGUGCAAGAACCGAAGCGGAAGAUCAUAAUGGAAGGUCUAAGAGCGUGGCUCUCCGAAAACAAUCUCCGUCCAGAUUUGGAGAAAGAAGUCGUAAAAAACAUAAAACAAGCAAUUGAACUAGACAAGGAUGCAGAUGUCGAUAAUCUGUUCUCUCUUCUUCCAUGGAGUACCAGACUAGAGCUAAAGCGUUCUCUUUUCAAGCCAAUGAUUAAAUUACCAAGGCUACGAAAUAUGGAUGAGAAAGUGCGGGAAAUGAUAUGUGACUAUCUCAAGCCAGUGGUGUACCCUCAGAACACCAUCGUUCGUCGAACGGGAGAACCAUUUGAUAGCAUUCUCUUCGUUACAGAAGGCAUUGUGUGGGUUUACUCGACCACUGAUGGAAGUCAGCAGACUGGAAUGAUGAACCAAUUCCUUAAGAAAGGUGAUGUUUAUGGAGACGAAGAACUUCUGAGUUGGACAACAUCCCACAGUGGCAGCCGCUCCUUUACAAAUCUUCCGUUCUCGAAGGAAAAUGUGAAAUGUCACACAAAGGUACAAGGCUUUGCUCUCAGUGCUAUGGACUUGAAAACUGUAGUUUCCAAAUGUGGAGAUUUCUGGAACCCUAGUAAGACCACUACUCUAGUGCUGGUGUAG